GCUUGGACUUGUUGCAGUGGAAAAAUCCUGGACUAGCAGCAGAGCCAAAUCUCCGUCAACAAGAACAAGUACCUACUACCCAUUCAGACGGCCUCUCGAUCGAUCAUCUGAUCUGAUCACCACUGGAAGGUAGCUACUUUCUUCUUCACAAGACAUGCAGCUUGGCCCAUGGCCAUAGACAUCCAUGGUUGCUGAUCGGAGUUCAUUAGUUAGCUUGGCCGCCAUGGCUAAACCCAUCGAUCUUCUGCUGCUAGCACUCACCACGUGCACGCUUGUUUCGUCGCUGGCGGUGUCAGGCGCGCAGAACACAAACAUCACCUCGGGGGCCUCCCUGCAGGCCGGCGCCGGCGCCGCCUGGCCCUCCCCGUCCGGCCGCUUCGCUUUCGGCUUCUACGCCACGGACGGGGGCCUCGCCGUCGGCGUCUGGCUCGCCACCGCGCCCAACGUCACCGUCACGUGGACGGCCGGCCGCAACGACACGCCGGCCACGGGCGGCAAGCUCUGGAUCACCUACGACGGCCGCCUCGUCUGGAGCGGCACCGACGGCGGCCAGGACAGGAGCGUCGCCGUGCCGGACCAGCCGGCAGCCGCCGCGGCCAUGCGCGACGACGGCAGCUUCGUGCUCUACGGCGCCAACGGGACCGUCGUGUGGUCCACCUUCGCGGCGCCCACGGACACCCUGCUCCCCGGGCAGGAACUCGCGCCCGGCGCGCAGCUCUUCUCCAGCGUCUCCGCCACCAACAGGGCAACCGGGAGGUACCGCCUGACCAACCAGGCCAACGACGGCAACCUCGUCAUGUACCCCGUGCAGACGGAGAACGUUGCGGCCGCCGCGUACUGGGACACCAGCACGUUCCAGAUCGGGUUCCCCCUCACCCUGCGCCUCAAUGCCGCCGGCGUGCUCUACCUCACCGGCAACAGCGGCAACUACACCAAGAACCUGACCAAUCCUGGGGCUGCGCAAUCGGCCGGCGAGAAGCAAGUCUUCUACCGGGUCACGCUCGAUCCCGACGGAGUCCUGCGCCUGUACCGCCACGCCGUCGCGUCCUCCGGCGCGUGGAGGACCGAGGUCCAGUGGAUCGGGCCCAGCGACCGGUGCCGCGUCAAGGGCGCGUGCGGGCUCAACAGCUACUGCGUCCUCGAUCGCGACGCGCAGCCCGGCUGCGCGUGCCCGCAGGGGUUCGACUUCAUCGACGCCAGCAACGCCGCGCUGGGAUGCACCGAGACCUCCGGCGCCGGCGACUGCGCUGCCGCAGCAGGUUUGACCAUGGCAAUGGCAGCGAUGCAGAACAUGACGUGGGCGGACACGCCGUACGCUGUGGUGGGCGCGGGCACGAGCGCGGCCGACUGCCAGGCCGCGUGCAGGGCCGACUGCCUCUGCGCCGCCGUGCUGCUCAACGGCAACGACGGGACCUGCACCAAGCAGCAGCUCCCGCUCCGGUACGGCCGCGCGGGCGGCGGGUACACGCUGUUCGUGAAAAAUGCCGCGGCGGGGACGGUGAACCUCGGCGGUCGUAAGGGACGCGGCCGCGUCGGGCGCGCGGCCACCGUCGCGCUGGUCUGCAUCGGGCUCCUGACGUGCGUGUCUCUGGGCGCGCUCCUGGCGGCCGGGCGGCUGGUCUGGGCGAGCCGGAGGGCCGCGCACCGGCGCCUGGCGGACGCGGACGCCGAGGCCCUGGACGAAGAGGAGGCGCCCCUGAGCCUGAGGUCGUACAGCUACCAGGAGCUGGAGCACGCGACGUGCAGCUUCCGGGAGCCGCUGGGCCGCGGCGCGUUCGGCACGGUGUUCCGGGGCACGCUGCACGACGGCGAGACGGCCAUCGCCGUGAAGCGGCUGGAGAAGGUGGUGGAGGAGGGCGAGCGCGAGUUCCAGCGGGAGGUGCGCGCCAUCGGGCGGACGAGCCACCGGAACCUGGUCCGGCUGCUGGGGUUCUGCCACGAGGGCGCCAACCGGCUGCUGGUGUACGAGUACAUGAGCAACGGGUCCCUGGCGGAGCGCCUGUUCGUCAACAACAAGGGCGGCGGCGGCUACCCGUCGUGGGGCGAGCGCGUGGGCGUCGCGCUGGACGUGGCGCGCGGGCUGCACUACCUCCACGACGAGCUGGAGAGCCGCGUGAUCCACUGCGACGUGAAGCCGCAGAACAUCCUGAUGGACGCGUCGGGGACGGCCAAGAUCGCCGACUUCGGGCUCGCCAAGCUGCUGCUCCCGGACCAGACGCGGACCUUCACGGGGGUGCGCGGCACGCGCGGGUACCUGGCCCCCGAGUGGUACCGCGGCGCCGGGCCCGUGACGGUGAAGGCGGACGUGUACAGCUACGGCGUGGUGCUGCUGGAGGUCGUGACGUGCCGCCGGAGCAUGGAGCUGGAGGAGGCCGGCGAGGAGCGGACGCUCAUGGAGCUGGCGCACGAGUGGCUGCUGAGAGGGGAGGUGAAGCGGGUGAUGGGCGGCGACGAGGCCGUGGAUGCGGCGGAGGUGGAGAGGGUGGUGAAGGUGGCGAUGUGGUGUGCGCAGGCGGAGCCGCAGGCCAGGCCGGCUAUGAGGACCGUCAUCCUCAUGCUGGAAGGCUACGUGGAGGUGCCGUUCCCGCCGCCGCCGGCAUCGUCCUGAUGGCGAUGGAUCAUCCCGUCCCGUGGGUUGGAGAAUGGAGAUGGAGUAGUAAGUACGGAGUAGAUUCUAACACAACAGUCGUGGACGACGGCGCUACAGCGCACACCCCGGCGAUGUCGGCGGCUUUAACUGGGUUCGCUCAAUUCGGGCCCAAAUAAAACGAUCUGGAU